AUUUAUUUAUUUAGUUCAUACAGAAAGUUUCUAGAACGCCGACAGGUGGCAGCACGCUGCGUUAUUUUGAUCGAGUUUGACAGUAAGAAAUUUGAUCCGAAACGUUCGACAAGUGGCGUUCGGCGUUAAAAAGUGUAAUGUGCGGUACGUGUAAACAAAAGUGUGUGGAGUUUGUGCAAAAUGUUGAGCGAAGUUGACGUACGUCUGUAAUAAAUGUUAACCUCAUUAAACAACUUUGUGGACGUCGGUCUCAAGGGGUAUUUCUGUUACCGUCCGGACCAUCAGACAUUACAAUUUGCAGUUUGGCUGGAAGGGCUAGGAAAAAUGAAGGAGAGACGGGGAUGUAUGGAGAAGAUGGACAAGAACGUUUUGGAUGAAUAGGAAGUUGAGCACCAGCGAGAAAGUCAAGUCUCUUAUGCGCCAUCUAGUAGCGAUGAGCGUAGGCAUCAUUCGUUGAGAGGGAAACCGUAGCACGAGGGGUGGCGAAGGGCAGAGAGAAAAGAAUUUCGGUGGAGCCGCAGGGGUGGAUAGAAAACGAGGUCCAAGAUGGGAGAGAAUCAUCAACAGCAGGAGCAGCAGCCUGUUCUUCGUUCGAUCAACAACGAGCACAGGUCGUUCGUUAAGUUCAUCAACAAGACGCUGCACAGCGUCGUUUUGUAUUGGAUCGAUUACCAGGGUCAGGCAGUCAGUUACGGUGUGUUGGCACCCGGUGAUUGCCUGGACAUCGACACCUUUGUCACGCAUCCGUGGAUCUUCGUUGACGCGGAGACCAGAGACAGGUACACGGUGAAUCAGAGGGACGUUUUCUUUCCCGAAGCAUGGUUCGUGAGGUAUCGAGGUCUCCGACAGAGCGAGUUACCUCAAAGACGCGAAAGAACAAACGUGUACAUCACGUUGCCUGUUUACACGCUCCGAGAGUUGUCUUUGAGAGCGAUCAAAAGACGUCUGACGUACGAUCGACAGGCGUUUCAACUCGACAUUCCGAGGAGUCUUCAACACGAACUGGCUACCAUGUUGCCGCGAAACGACGAUAGUAACGAUCAGGACGUGGACGAGAACGAGGACGAUCGUGGUAGUCGAAAUUCUUAGCGUUUGAUCCUUCGAAUCUUCGUGACCACUCGCCAGUAAGUCGAUCACGGUCCAACGAUUCUAUUGAUAUCAUACGUGAGAUGUAUCGAGGAAUUCGCGAGAAAAGUGACACCCCGGGAAAAUUCGUGUUUCUUCGACUUUCGACAUUCGACGCGUCGUUUCCGCUCUAGACCUCCUAUUAUUCGUGCAACUCUUAAAUCGGUGUCUGCUAGACGUAAAUGGGAUUUGGGGUUUCUUUGUACUUUUGUUAACACUUUGCUUACGGUUUAGUUUGAUAUUCGGUAGAUUUGCGUUAUAUUGCCACGAAAUUUGAAAACUCGAGAAUUAUGAUCCUACGCUUAAAUUAAUACGUGUUAUAAUUUUGGUAACAAUAUAACAUAUAGAGAUCCAACGCGGUGUAAUUUAGUAAACGGCCAUAUAAUGCGAGGCAAUUUAAUGUCGCGUUAUAACGUCCAAUACGUUGUGGCGUCACGAAUCGCAAUAUAAGGCGUUGUAAAUUUGACGAAUGGCAAUAUAACGCGGUGACUUAAUGAACGGCUAUAUAUUGCGAGGUAAGUUAAUGCGUCAUACGUCAGCGAAUGACAAUGUAAUGCGUGGUAAUAUAAUGGAUAAUGGUAUAAUACGUGGUGAAAUAACGCCUGGCGAUAUAACAUGUGGUGAUAUAACACAUGGUGAUAUAACGCGAGAUGAAUUAACGCAGCGUAAUUUCACGUAUGACGAUAUAACGCGUGGUAAUCCAGCGCAUCGCUAUUCCGCAAUUGGCAAUAUAACGCGCGGCGAUAUUACGCAUGGUGAUAUAACGCAUGGUAAUAUAACGCGUGGUAAACUAACGCAUCAUAAUUUCACGAAUGACGAUAUAACGCGUGGUAAUUCAACGCAUCGCUAUUCCGCAAUUGGCAAUAUAACGCGUGGCGAUAUAACUCGUGGUGAUAUAACGCGUGGUAAACUAAUGCAUCGUAAUUUUACGAAUCAUGAUAUAACGCGUGGUAAUCCAGCGCAUCCCUAUUCCACAAUUGGCAAUAUAACGAGUGGCGAUAUAACUCGUGGUG